GGUGUACUUUGUUUAUGACAGAACAAUCUGACAGAUAAGGCAUCACACAUAUUGGUCCAAAGUCCAGUCCUACUCGAACCAAUGAAGCACACUGGUAUUGACAGUUCACGGAGACUAUACAGAUCUCUGUUGUGGAAUACUGGCUAACUGUUAAGGGAUAAAGAGAGAUGGAUAUCCUGGAGACGAGUGAAUAUGAUCGCAGAAAACGCAGGAGCACGUCCUUUGUUUUAUUUCUUUAUCUUCUCCCUUUUUUCGCAUCCUGCACAGUUUUUUUCUACUUGUGGAUCCCAGAUUCUGCCCCCUCUUUGCUGGCUGCUGGCAUAAAAGCCGCCCCUAUCCUCUCUCUGGCUCUUCUGGUUUUUAGCUAUAAUGGAGGGUGGAGUGUAAUGGGCGUGACCGGAGGAUUGCUACUCUCAGCGGGUGGAGACUGUUGCCUUGUUUGGCCACAACUUUUUAUCCAUGGAAUGGGAUGUUUUGCUUUGGCCCACAUAGUGUAUGCUGUCACUUUUCUCACCCCUCGAUAUUCCACACCAUCCUCGUCUUCCUCACGCUACAUCAUCUACCUCGUGCUGUGGUUGAUAGGCGGUGGACUGUAUGUUUAUCUGGUACCCUUCCUCCGGCUCGAUCCAGACGGCGAUGUUCUCGUUCCAGCUAUAGGGGGUUACAUGAUGAUCAUUGUCAUCAUGGCCACAAUGGCUACUCGUACAAGAAGGCCACUCCUUAUGCUGGGCAGCUUUGUCUUUAUGGCUUCUGACCUUACGAUUGCACUGACGAAGUUCAAUGUCGUUGAUCUAGAAUACAAAAAGCACAUCAUUAUGGUUACAUACUACCUGGCACAGAUGAUGAUUGCGGUGGGCGACGUGAAGGCAAUGAUGGAGGCAAAUGCUGAUGACUUCCUCAAGUGGAAGAGGUCAUAAGAUUGCUGGAUGUUAGUUCAGCCAUUAACCCCCAUGUAAUAGUACACGUCCACUUGUGUGUAGUAUUACUGAGAAGGGUUGAUCACUGGAUACAACGGGCCCAUGUUGGAUAAGCUGGGUUUGUCAUCUAACAGUAAAUGCAGAACUUCUGUAUAUGGACAAGACUGAAAUAAAGCAAAUCAGUCUGAUGAUCUUAAAUAUAUUACACAGCUUGGCCUAAUUUUAUUUUAAGCCUUUGUUCAGGCCGAACUCCUCCCAAAAGACUCUUGUGUCGUUUUUUUCUCAUUACCUUAAUGUGAUAUGCUCAGAUGCUUUAUAUGUUUAACACUGAGACUAUAAAGAGCAGAAGAUAGACUGUCACAUUCAGAAAGAAAUAAAGGAGGUGAUGUCACUGUGCAUAA